AUGGCGCCCAAGAUCGACCCCAACGAGAUCAAGAUCAUCUACCUCCGUGCCACCGGUGGUGAGGUCGGUGCCUCUUCGGCGCUUGCUCCUAAGAUUGGUCCUCUCGGUCUCUCGCCCAAGAAGGUCGGUGAAGACAUUGCCAAGGCCACUGGUGACUGGAAGGGUCUCCGUGUCACUGUCCAGCUCACUGUUCAGAACCGUCAGGCUGCCGUCUCGGUCGUGCCCUCGGCCUCGUCGCUCGUCAUCAAGGCGCUCAAGGAGCCCCCUCGUGACCGCAAGAAGGAGAAGAACAUCAAGCACGGUGGCAACGUCUCCCUCGACGAGAUUGUCGAGAUCGCCCGCAAGAUGCGCUUCAAGUCUUUCGCCAAGAGCCUUGCCGGUACCGUUAAGGAGAUCCUCGGCACUGCCCAGUCCGUCGGCUGCACCGUCAACGGCCAGAACCCUCACGCUAUCAUCGAGGGCAUCGACGCUGGUGAGAUCGAGAUCGAUGACGAGUAA